GAGGAGGAGGAUGAUGAAGAUGUGGAUAUGGCUAGUGAGGGGGUGACGGAGAGUGGGCUGGAGAGCUACGGGAACGCUGAUGAGGAUGACUUUGCUGAGGAUGAAAGGCUGGACAACUUGAACAGAGUGGCCCAGCCGCCACCGCCUGCCCCUCCUCUGCUGCCCUCUGCCCCAGCUGCUCAGUGGGACCAACAGAACCCCUUUGCUGAUCCCUGGGCAGAGUCUUUGCAGCCACAGCAGGUUCCUGAGCAUGUCUCUCAGCCAGCAGGAGCAACUGCAGCAGCUAGCCCUUUGGCAGACCCAUGGCAAGCAGACUCUGAAACCCCAACUCAGGCCCCAGCCCAAGCCUGGCUAGGACUCGACUCUGCUCCUUUUUUUAUUGACAACCAAGAAGCUCAUCAUCGUCCCUCUGUCAAAGAUGAGCCUCUAAAUCUAGAGGCCCAAUUGAAGUUGGACCAGUGCAGCCCACUCCCAAUGCAGACCAUGGCCCUAGCUCCCCUUUCUGCCCCAGGAAUGUCUCUGUCGAGCACCGUGAGCAGCGAGACCAGCACACCUGAGGAACUCUGUGACUAUAAUCGAGGUGAGAAGCUCCAGCCACAAGAUGCACAAGCCCCCAUGCUUUCUCCCCAGCCUGACCUGGGCACACACAGGUACAGAGGAGAGGAAGAGGGAGAGGAGGAGGGAGAGGAGGAGGCAGAGACCCUGCCAGCUGAUGAAGUCCUGGGAGGCCCCGCAACCGCCCCCACUUCCAAUCCCUCCUCAUCCUCAGUGACAGAAGACGAGGCCAGCGACACAGAGGGAGAAGCACAACUGGACGACUCCUUGGAGAGUCCGGCGCUCAGCCACAUGACCUUCGACAGCCAGCCGCUAGCGCAGCGUGGCCUGUCCACUGUGGAAGAAGGAGAGGAGGCUGAGACGGAGGAGGGCAGCGCACAGGGAGACAACACCCCACCUUCAGCAACUUCAUUGGCAUCGUACGGCUUUGACACCAUGACCACAGCUUCAAACUCGAAUGCCCAGUCCUCCGGUGAGAGCUGCAUCAAGAGCCCUGGCAUCUUCUCCCUAGAAGAGCUCCCUGAGGAGGCCAAGGAGCCCGGUCUCAUCCCACAGCCUCUUGCCCAGCCAUGUCUCACAGAGCAGCAGUACAUAGAGUGCCGCCAACUGGAAGCAGGGUCAACUGAGCUCGUCCAGGAGAAAGCGUCAGGGUCGGAUGAAGCCCUGGACGUUUCAUCAACCCCGUGCACUUUGCAGAAACCAGAGGAAAACCCAGACGACAUCCAGCCUCCGUACUAUUCUACAAUCUGUGAAAAGACUGAGAACUCUUUUGCAGGCUUCACUGCACUACCGCACCCUCACCGCCGCGAGCACGCAGCGUACCCCAGAACCUACUGCGACAUCGUCAAGCCUCUCUGUGCCUCCAUCGCCUCGCCAAAGCUAACCUGUGCCGACCUCCCGCCAAGGAGUCUUGGGCAGCAGGCGUUGAGCCCCCAGCUCCGCAGGCUGGAGCAACACCAGAGACACCUGCUGGAGAUGCAGCAACGCAGGGAGCAGCAGAGCAGGCCGCUGGAGGAGGCAGAGCAGGAGAGGAAGAGGAGGGAGGAGGAGGAGCAGAGGAGGAAGAAAGAGGAGGCAGAGGAAGAAAUAAAAAGGAAUAAGGAGCAGGAGAGGAAAAAGAGGGAGGAAGCAGAAGAAGAAAUAAAGAUGAAAAAAGAUGAGGAGAGGAAGGCGAUAGAGCAGGCAGAGAUUAUGAAGAAGGAGGAGGAGGAGCUGAAGCAGAGGAGAGACCUAGAACUACAACUGCAGGAGCAACAACAGGAGCUGAAGCAAAGGCAACAGAUCAUGCAGUGGCAACAAGAGCUGCAACAGUCUAACAAAGGUCAGGCCGUGCUGCUGUCCCCCUCUGGGCUCGGCACCAUCUAUGAAGCCCUUGAGAACAGUGAUGAAGAGGAGGAUGAAGAAGAGGGAAUAAACGAGCUGAAUCUAUCUAAAGAGAAGGAGCCCAAGAAAGAGACGUCAGAUCAAAAGAUAGACAGUGACUUUGAAAUAGUGAUGUCGGAUGAAGAAAAACUUCAAGACUCUUUGCCGUCAACCAACAACCACCCUCCUCCUCCCCCUGAGGCCCCUGAGACACCCAGCCCCCCCUCCCAGGAUAAUGACAGCUCCUCCCCUUGCCCUCCUGAGUCUCCAGAGCGACCUCCACCCCUGGACCUGGACUGGGGCAAGAAAGUGGACAUUGUCCAGCAGCUGAUCAAUCAGACCCUGCUGCUGAACGGAGACGGCUGCUCCUCCCUGCUGCGGAUGCCGGGGUGUGCAGGAGGCACCCUGAGCCCCCUGGAGAGCAGCCUGUGGCCCACCCUGCUGCCCCCGCUCACCCCUCCCUCUGCCACCGUCACCUCGGUCAGUAGUUUCUCUCCAGAGGCGACUGGAAGCUCGCCACAGGGAGAGUGGACAGUGGUAGAGCUGGAGACGCAUCACUGAGGGGUGUGUGAUGAUGACUCACAUGCUGUCUACACGCGCACACAUACAUAAGACAGAAACAAACAGGGUGAGACACAUGUCUACUCAGCGGCUCAAUUAAUCUUCCUCAAUUGUUACUAUACUCUCAAUUAAGCAAAUGAGUUCUGAGAACAGUUUUACAAGAUGGAGUAAAUGUUUGCUCUGGGAAAAACUAAUUACCAGAACAGAUAACAUCACAAUACCUGUUAAAAGAAGAUAAAGUACAUCACUGACAUGACCAUCCUAUUGUAAUGAAGGUUAAAAAUGUCAUUGCCAAGUAUUUUAGAAAAUUGGCACCUGAGACAAAUCAAUAGUUUUCGCAAUGUACAAAAAAAAAAUCAAUGGAAGGAUCAAACACUGCCCAGUCCUUUAAACCUGUGGAUCCAUGGGUCUCAAACAAAUCUAAUGAGUGGUCGCAAGAGAAAUGACAAGAUUAACGAGCAGGAAAUUAGAUGUAUGAGUUCAGGCUUUCCUGAUUAAUUAUUUGUAUUCUUUUUUCAAACUAAUGAAUUCUUUAAACUAUUUGAAGGCUUUUGAAAGUGUUGUGGUGGAGCAACCUGAGACAGAUGUAUCACUUGCAGUUGAAGCGGUCACAGGCUGUAGACUAAUUAGGGAAAUUAAAAAGUCAUAGGACAAGAGGUUGAGAACAACACAGGGAUUUUCUAAGAACAAGCACAUUUAACACAGAUGCUAAUUCUUGGUGCUACAGCUGAACAGCCGACUGUUUCUUACAAGUAUGUGCGCUGUUUAUUGAUGCAAAAAAAAGGGACUUCAUCAUAAGACUAACUAGUUACCAGCCCCAACAAAGUAAAUGGUAAGUUUUAAGAUUUAUCAAACUGAAUAAGUCACUUUUUGAACCAACUUGAAGCUCGAGAUGCUGUUUUAAAUCCUUCUCUACAUUUAGGAACAAAACUUGAGGACAAACAGAAGCUUAUCCAAAGUGUCCAGUUGAAUAUUUGGUUAUAUUCUUAGUUUGAAUACUUCUCAAAUAUUUCUUUAAUCUAACACUGAUGCGUUGGGUGGUUAAUAGAUAUAGAUUUUCUCCAAAUGAAGUUAUAAAGGCAACGUGUUUCUUCUCUGCUGUGGAAGUAGACGAACACAAAACCACACCUCACUGAAACUCAGCUCUUCUCUCACCUCACACUCGUUAUCCAACACCAUGGAAACAAACACUGAAAUUACGUUUCAACCCACACGCACCUGAAACCAUGUGAUUAUUGUCCCAUGAUUCAUCACUCCAAUCAGGGUGUAACUGGACACUUAGUUUUAUGCCAAAACCUCUUUCCAUAGUCGGCCGCACACACUGAUGCCAAAUGGCUACAUUUAAUCCAAGGUAAACACACUGGUUGUAGCUCAUUUACUUAAGGCAAGAGCUGUUCAUGUGUCACCUUAUUUAAAAGUGGGAAUACACUGGAGAUUUCUUGCUACUGAAUAUUGCUCAAAGAAAGCUGACUUUACAUGAAAUUGCACAAUGUUUACUGAUUCAAAUAUGUUGACGAUCGAGGCCCAGAAACAAAGUCCCUAUUGCCAUCUUCAGAAACAUCACCCUACUAAAGGUGAUUACUACUGGCACUACUGAGGACGGAGUUAAUGUGCACAUGAUUGAGAUCAGAUUUAUACUGCUGAAGGUUAUUUCUCCUCUGGUCGACGUCACUGUUCUGUAGCCGCACAUUAACUUUUUUUCCACAGGUGUAGUCUUCCUUAGAUUCUCACGUUCUCAUGAUAGAUGAUGCUACUUCGGUCACAGGCAACGGACAGAUGAUAGUCUGUAAUUCUAUCGGACGCGGACUUAACACAAGACUCUAGGUUUGAACUGACACUGCUAUGAGGGUCAGAGGUCAAGGCACUGUGUCAUAUCAGGAGGAGGAGGACUGUUAUUAAACGAGCCGGGUUAGAUAUCAGGUUAUUCUGUGUAUUAUUUCUGUAUUUCUGUAUCAAUGUCGACUCUGUGAUGAGCUAGUGUGAGUCUCUCUCUCUCUCUCUCACUCUCUCUCUCUCUCUCUCUCUCUCUCUCUCUCUCACUUGUUGUAAAUGUUUGUGUGUUUGUCAGAGUUGAAGACAGGCUCAGGUCACUGGUUUAAAGACUGGGGAAUUCUUUGAAAACCAAAUUUCCGAACACAAAUUUAGAUGUGACCGAACAUCUCGAGACUACAAGCGACUGGUGUCAGAAAAUAAGACAUUUGUUCGCCCUCAUUACCGUCUCAUUCAUGUUUUAUAUUCAGUCACUUCCUGACUCGCUGUCUCGCCCUCCGGUGUUAAACCGUAUAGAGGCCGAAUUGUUUAUUAGCUGAAGUGAAAACUGAGAAAAUUUGGAAUCCAGUGUUUAAUCUUUAACAACUAAUCAGACAGAAUCUUAUUUGAUCCACUGUGAAGAAAAUUCCCCUGACCAUUGCUAGUUUGUCCAGUCUCUUUAUCGAAGCUCAUGAAGAAGCUAUUAAAACUGCUUUCCUGUUCCUCCGGGCAGGGCAGCAUUACACUCACUGUAUUUUAGACAAAGCUGGACUUUUUUUAAAUGUGCUCACGCAAACAUGCUCUAGUAGUUUUUUUUUAAUGUAUAUUGUUUAAAGACUGAUCACUGUAAUGAAGGAAAACUCCACUUUACUUUUGUACUUGAGAGAUUUAGAAGUAUAGCAGCCCUUUAAGAGUCAGAUAUAGAUUUGUAAUGAAUUAGAGAAUGAAUGAUGUUUGUUGUAAAUGGUAGAUUUUAUUCUUUGUUCUAAGUAAAUUGCCUUUUUUUUAUGUCUACUUAUUGAAACUGAUGAGCUGAAUGGUUGUACGGUCAAAAUGAACACAGCAGGAUGAAUUAUGGGGAAACACUUUCAUUUAUUAAUGUGUAAGGUGUUGAAUCUGCCAUUUUGGAUAUUAAUUUAUUAAACAUGAAAUGAGGCUCAUGUGUAAUUAAUUUAAAUGAAGAUGAUAAACAUGUUGGAGUAAACUGGGCAUUCUCACUUGUGGCGCCCAAAUCAUGGCAGCUUGUUUUAAAGUGUAAAAAAUUCCUUAUUGUCUUUGACUUUCUGAACAACAGAAACCUGUGAUUGUGUGUAAUUACUUCAAGGCAACGUUUAAUGUAAAUAAAAUGUUUUUUUUA